AUGGAUCUCUCUGUGUUGCCAAAUAACGACCAUCCUGACAAAUUCCUGCAGCUUGACGUGAAGUCUUUAAUGAGCUCAGCCCUCCUUCAGGCCAGCCCUGCGCGGUCUCCGGGCGGAAAUUAUCCUGCUGCACAACACUGGCAGAACCUCAUCUACUCACAGAGAGAAAAGAAGAACAUUGCUGCUCGACAAAUUAGAGGAUCCAGUACAGAGCGCCUUGUCACCACUGAAAGCCCCCCACCAUCCAUGUCAUCGGUCAUGAAGAAUAACCCACUAUAUGGUGACGUGAGUUUGGAGGAAGCUAUGGAAGAGAGAAAAAAGAACCCUUCGUGGACCAUCGAGGACUAUGACAAACAUUCCUUGCACACAAACCUCUCUGGACAUCUAAAGGAAAAUCCUAAUGACCUACGGUUUUGGUUGGGAGACAUGUACACGCCGGGUUUUGACACGUUAUUGAAAAAGGAAAAGAAACAAGAGAAGCAAUCAAAAUUAUGUCGUAUGGGUCUGAUCUUACUUGUCCUUACCGCCAUCUUGGUUACCAUAGUGACUAUUAGCACUCUUUUCACCUAA